CAGGCUGUGGGUGGGGGCUGGGAAGAGAGGCUCUCGGGAGCAGGAGGCCCAGACGCUGCCGCGGAGGCUGCAGGGCUCCUCGCUGUGAAGGCAAACAGGAAGGACUGCCCCCUGAGCUCUGGGCUCCGGGCCCGGAAUCUCUGCGCCGCGGAGCCACAGCUCCGGGCGAGGGUAAGGAGGCGAGCGGAGGCGGGCGGUCCGGGGAGAGCUGCACGGAUCCCCACGCCGAGCUCCCGGACGCCCCCCGCCUCCCGGGCUCCCCCCACAGCUUCGGGCCUCCGCGCGCCCACCCACCACCCGCCCUUCCCCCAGCCGCUGCGGGUCGUCGGCGGCCGCCGCGAUGAAGGCAGGCUCGGGCGAUCAGGGCAGCCCCCCGUGCUUCCUGCGCUUCCCGCGGCCCGUGCGGGUGGUAAGUGGCGCGGAGGCCGAGCUCAAGUGCGUGGUCCUGGGGGAGCCGCCGCCCACCGUCGUCUGGGAGAAGGGCGGGCAGCAGCUGGCGGCCUCGGAGCGCCUGAGCUUCCCGGCCGACGGCGCCGAGCACGGCCUGUUGCUGACUGGCGCGCUGCCCACCGACGCGGGGGUCUACGUGUGCCGCGCCCGCAACGCGGCGGGGGAGGCCUACGCUGCGGCCGCGGUCACCGUGCUGGAGCCUCCGGGCCCCGAGCCCGAGCCCCAGCCCGCCGAGCGCCCACUGCCGCCGCCGGGGGCCGGAGAGGGCGCCCCGGUGUUCCUGACGGGCCCCCGGUCGCAGUGGGUGCUGCGGGGGACGGAGGUGGUGCUGGCGUGCCAGGCGGGGGGCCUCCCCGCGCCCACGCUGUCCUGGGAGAAGGACGGGAUGGCCCUGGACGAAGUGUGGGAUAGCAGCCACUUCGCGCUCGAGCCGGGCCGCGCGGAGGGCGGCGGGGGCGUGAGCCUGGCGCUGCGCAUCCGGGCGGCGCGGCUGCCCGACUCGGGCGUCUAUGUGUGCCACGCGCGCAACGCGCACGGCCACGCGCAGGCGGGCGCGCUGCUCCAGGUGAGCCAGCUCCCCGAGAGCCCGCCCGAGGACCCCGACGAGGCCCCAAAGCCCGUGGUGGAGCCGCUCAAGUGCGCGCCCAAGACCUUCUGGGUGAACGAGGGCAAGCACGCCAAGUUCCGCUGCUACGUGAUGGGCAAGCCCGAGCCCGAGAUCGAAUGGCUCUGGGAGGGCCGCCCGCUGCUCCCGGACCGCCGCCGCCUCAUGUACCGCGACCGCGACGGCGGCUUCGUGCUCAAGGUGCUGUACUGCCAGGCCCGGGACCGCGGGCUCUACGUGUGCGCCGCGCGCAAUUCGGCUGGCCAGACGCUCAGCGCCGUGCAGCUGCACGUCAAAGAGCCCCGACUCCGCUUCUCCAGGCCCUUACAGGAUGUGGAGGGCCGGGAGCAUGGGAUUGCCGUGCUGGAGUGCAAAGUCCCCAACUCCCGCAUUCCCACGGCCUGGUUCCGCGAGGACCAGCGGCUGCUGCCCUGCCGCAAAUACGAACAGAUUGAGGAGGGCACCGUCAGGCGCCUCAUCAUCCACAGGCUGAAGGCGGAUGACGACGGGGUCUACCUGUGCGAAAUGCGCGGCCGGGUGCGCACCGUGGCCAAUGUGACAGUCAAAGGGCCUAUCCUGAAGCGGCUGCCCCGGAAGCUCGACGUUCUGGAAGGCGAGAACGCCGUGCUGCUGGUGGAGACGCGAGAGGCUGGGGUCGAGGGGCGCUGGAGCCGCGAUGGGGAGGACUUGCCGACCACCUGCCAGAGCAGCUCCGGCCACAUGCACGCCCUGGUCCUUCCGGGGGUCACUCGAGAAGAUGCUGGCGAAGUCACCUUUAGCCUGGGCAACUCCCGGACCACCACUCUUCUGAGAGUCAAAUGCGUCAAGCACAGUCCCCCGGGACCCCCGGUGCUUGCAGAGAUGUUCAAGGGCCGCAAGAACGUGGUCUUGCUGACCUGGAAGCCUCCCGAGCCAGCUCCCGAGACCCCCUUCAUCUACCGGCUGGAGCGGCAGAAGGUGGGCUCGGAAGACUGGGUCCAGUGCUUCAGCGUUGAGAAAGCCGGGGCCGUGGAGGUGCCGGGAGACUGUGUGCCCUCCGAGGGUGACUACCGCUUCCGCAUCUGCUCGGUCAGCGAGCACGGCCGCAGUCCCCACAUCGUGUUCCACGGGUCUGCUCACCUCGUACCCACAGCGCGCCUGGUGGCAGGUCUGAAGGAUGUGCAGGUAUACGACGGGGAAGAUGCUGUUUUCUCCCUCAUUCUCUCCACCAUCAUCCAGGGCACCUGGUUUCUUAACGGGGAAGAACUCAAGGGCACUGAGCCAGAGGGCCAAGUGGGGCCCGGAGCCCUGCGGUACUGUGUGGAGCACAAUGGCCCGCAGCACCAACUCACCCUGCAAGCCGUCAAGCACCAGGAUAGCGGAGCCCUGGUCGGCUUCAGCUGCCCGGGUGUGCAGGAUUCGGCUGCCCUCACCAUCCAAGAAAGCCCGGUGCACAUCCUGAGCCCCCAGGACAAGGUGCCGCUGACCUUCACGACCUUGGAGCGGGUGGUGCUGACAUGUGAGCUCUCCCGGGUGGGCUUCCCGGCGAGCUGGUACAAGGAUGGGCAGAAGGUGGAGGAGAGCGAGUCGCUGGUGGUGAAGGUGGAUGGACGCAAACAUCGUCUGAUCCUGCCCGCUGCUGAGGUCCGGGACAGCGGCGAGUUUGAGUGCAGAACGGAGGGGGUCUCGGCCAUCUUCAGCAUCACUGUCCGAGACCCCCCAGUGCACAUCCUGGACCCUCGGGAGCACGUGUUCGUGCACGCCAUAACCUCUGAGUGUGUCGUGCUGACCUGUGAGGUGGACCGGGAGGACGCCCCUGUGCACUGGUACAAGGACGGGCAGGAGGUGGAGGACAGCGACAUCAUGGUGCUGGAGAACGAAGGGCCCCAUCGCCGCCUGGUGCUGCCCGCCACCCAGCCCUCGGACGGGGGCGAGUUUCAGUGCGUCGCUGGAGAUGAGCGUGCCUACUUCACCGUGAACAUCACAGACGUCUCCUCAUGGAUCGUGUACCCCAGCGGCAAGGUGUAUGUGGCGGCCGUGCGCCUGGAGCGCGUGGUGCUGACCUGUGAGCUGUGCCGGCCCUGGGCCGAGGUGCGCUGGACCAAGGAUGGCGAGGAGGUGGUGGAGAGUCCAGCGCGGCUCCUGCAGAAGGAGGACACCGUCCGCCGCCUGGUGCUGCCUGCCGUCCAGCUCGAGGACUCCGGCGAGUACUUGUGUGAAAUCGAUGACGAGUCAGCCUCCUUCACCGUCACUGUCACAGAGCCCCCCGUACGCAUCAUACACCCCCGGGAUGAGGUGACCUUGACCGCCGUGAGCUUGGAGUGUGUGGUGCUAAUGUGUGAGCUGUCGCGGGAGGACGCCCUGGUGCGCUGGUACAAGGAUGGGCUGGAGGUGGAGGAGAGCGAGGCCCUGGUGCUAGAGAGUGACGGGCCCUGCCGCCGCCUGGUGCUGCCUGCUGCCCAGCCCGAGGACGGGGGCGAGUUCGUGUGCGACGCUGGAGACGACUCGGCCUUCUUCACUGUCACCGUCACAGCCCCGCCAGAGAGGAUUGUGCGGCCCGCAGCUCGCUCCCUGGACCUGCAGUUUGGAGCUCCAGGGCGCGUGGAGCUGCGCUGCGAGGUGGCCCCUGCUGGGUCCCAGGUGCGCUGGUACAAGGAUGGGCUGGAAGUGGAAGCAUCAGACGCCCUGCAGCUGGGCGCCGAGGGGCCCGCUCGCACCCUGACCCUGCCCCACGCCCAGCCCGAGGACGCCGGGGAGUAUGUGUGUGAGACCCGUGAUGAAGCUGUCACCUUCAACGUCAGCCUGGCUGAGCCCCCAGUCCAGUUCCUUGCCCCAGAGGCAGCCCCCGGCCCGCUCUGUGUGGCCCCCGGGGAGCCGGUGAUGCUGAGCUGUGAGCUUUCCCGGGCUGGCGCCCUCGUGUUCUGGAGCCACAACGGGAGGCCGGUGCAGGGGGGGGAGGGCGUGGAGCUCCUCGCCGAGGGCCCCCGCCGCGUCCUCCGCAUCCGGGCUGCAGAGCCAGCCCACGCCGGCCUGUACACCUGCCAGUCCGGGGAGGCCCCAGGCGCCCCCAGCCUCAGCUUCACUGUCCAAGUGGCUGAGCCCCCCGUGCGGGUGGUGACCCCAGAAGCUCCCCAGACAAGAGUUCGCAGCUCCCCAGGCCGGGACCUAGAGCUGGUGGUACACCUCUCCGGGCCUGGGGCCACUGUGCGCUGGUACAAGGACGGGGAGCGACUGGCGAGCCAGGGGCGGGUGCAGCUGGAGCAGGCCGGGACGAGGCAGGCGCUGCGGGUGCGGGGCACACAGAGCGGAGACGCUGGGGAGUACCUGUGCGACGCACCCCAGGACAGCCGCAUCUUCCUCGUCAGUGUGGAAGAGCCGCCACCGGUGAAGCUGGUCUCAGAGCUGACACCACUCACUGUCCAUGAGGGUGACGACGCCACGUUCCGGUGUGAAGUCUCCCCUCCAGACGCCGACGUCACCUGGCUGCGCAAUGGGGCCGUUGUCACUCCAGGACCUGGGCUAGAGAUGGCCCAGAGCGGGUCAACCCGCACCCUGACCGUGCGAGGGUGCCAGCUGAAGGACGCGGGGACCGUGACUGCCCAAGCAGGGGGCACAGCAACAAGUGCCCGGCUCCACAUUCGAGGUUUGGUCCCGAUGGGGACACAAUGGUCUUAUUUCCUCUACUACCUAUCCUCCUUGCCCCACCCUAGCAGCCUUGCCCUUGUGUCCAGGGACAAACCAGUGAGAUGGAACAGGGGGUCCGCCUCCAGGCACACCCAGACUCCAUGGUCCCCUCUCCCUGCCUCCCCAGAAACUGAACUGCUGUUCCUUCGGCGGCUGCAGGACAUGCGGGUGGAGGAAGGCCAGGACGUGUGCCUGGAAGUGGAGACCGGCCGAGUGGGUGCAGCAGGGGCCGUGCGCUGGGUUCGAGGUGGGGAGCCCCUACCCCACGACUCUCGCCUGUCUGUGGCCCAGGAUGGCCACAUCUACCGCCUCUUCAUCCAUGGUGUUGUACUGGCUGACCAAGGCACCUACGGCUGCGAGAGCCACCACGAUCGCACCCUGGCCAGGCUCAGCGUAAGGCCAAGGCAGCUGAGGGUGUUGCGGCCUCUGGAGGAUGUGACCAUCAUCGAGGGGGGCAGCGCCACCUUCCAGCUGGAGCUGUCCCAGGAGGGCGUGAUGGGGGAAUGGGCCCGGGGUGGAGUCCGGCUGCGCCCAGGACCCCAGUGCCGCAUUCACACAGAGGGCCGCACCUACCACCUGGCACUCAGUGGCUUGGGCCUGGCCGACUCAGGCUGCAUCUCCUUCACGGCGGACUCCCUGCGCUGUGCAGCCAGACUCACUGUGAGAGAGGCCCCAGUGACCUUUGUGCAGGUGCCACAGGACCUAGAGGUGACCGAGGGCGACACAGCUACAUUCGAGUGCGAGCUUUCCCAGGCCUUGGCUGAUGUUACCUGGGAGAAGGACGGGCGCCCGCUCAUCCCCAGCCCCCGGCUCAGGCUCCAGGCCCUCGGCGCGCGGCGCCUUCUCCAGCUGCGGCGCUGUGGCUCCUUGGAUGCUGGGACCUACAGCUGCGCGGCGGGAACGGCCCGCGCGGGCCCCGUCCGCCUGACCGUGCGCGAGCGCGUGGUGUCCGUGCUGUCUGAGCUCCGGCCGGUGAGCGCCCGCGAAGGCGACGGCGCUACGUUCGAGUGCACCGUAUCAGAGGCCGAGACCACCGGCAGCUGGAAGCUCGGAGGCCGCCCGCUGAGACCCGGAGGCCGCAUCCGCAUCCGACAGGAAGGGAAGAAACAUAUUCUGGUGCUAAGUGAGCUGCGCGCGGAGGACGCCGGUGAGGUCCGCUUCCAGGCGGGACCCGCCCAGUCCGCAGCUGAGCUGGAAGUGGAGGCACUGCCUCUCCAGAUGUGCCGCCGCCCGCCUCGCGAGAAGACGGUUCUGGUGGGCCGCCGGGCCGUCCUGGAGGUGACUGUGUCGCGCUCCGGGGGACACGUGUGCUGGUUGCGGGAGGGGGUCACGCUGUGCCCGGGAGACAAGUACGAGCUGCGCAGCCAUGGCCCCACCCACAGCCUGGUCAUCCGUGACGUGCGACCUGAGGACCAGGGCACCUACUGCUGCCAGGCCGGCCAAGACAGCGCCCACACGCGGCUGCUGGUAGAGGGUAGCUAGAAGGACCGAACCAGGCCAGGCGGGUGCCCUCGGACAGCUUGGAAGGCGCAUGCCCUUACCCUGGGCAGGGAUGGGAGGCAGGGAACCAGAGGUGUUGAAAAACAAUAAAAGUGGUGUAGCCCUUU